AUGCCACGUAAGCUACGUAAGAAUAUACGUAAGAGGAAGAGAGCAUUGAAACAUCCAAUAGUAAAACUGACACCACAACAACAGUUGCAACAACAAAUUAUGAAUGACCCCACUAUGUUGCAACAAAUGUCAAGCAAUCCUAUGCUUUUAAACCGAGUUGUUGGUGCACAGAGUGGAGGUUUAAGAGCGGCACUUUUAGCGAAAAUGGCAGGCUAUGGUGGAGCUGCAGACGGAACAGCUUAUAACCCUCAAAGUCAAAUGAAUUUGAGUUCACUCAAAAAUCAAAUAACAGAUGUCAAAAAGUCAAACAUAGACAUACAGAAACAAAUAAGUGAAAACGAAAAGAAACUAGAAUAUGACAGACACACAAAGAAACUCAAUGAGUUAAACGUAGAGAAAAAGAAGAAAGAAGAACAACUGAAAGAACUAAGUACAGAGGAAUAUGCGAAAAAAGUGUCAGAAAAAGCAGCAGAAGUAGCAAAAAUGGAACAAGAUGUUGUAAAUUUGAAAAACCAUACUACUCAAUAUAAAGUACUGAAAGAUGAAGAAAUAAAACAAAAAGCCCUGAAGACAUAUAUGGAUAGCGAUGAGUAUAAAAAAGAAGUUGAAGCAAAUGUAAAGGCAGAAAAACUUUUACAGUUGCAAAACCAAACCGUACAGUAUGAAAACUUAGCACAAGAAAGUAAAAAUAACGACGCAGCCAUGCAAAAGGCAAUGAAAAGCGCAGAAUAUAUAAAAGCUAACAAUGACUGGUUAGAUGCCCAAGCCAACGCUAAAGCAGCCCAACUUAUAGGGUCAAUAAGGACAAAAAUACAAGCGGAUGAAGACAGUUCAAAUGAAGCUUUAA